AUGCAGGAGGCUCGGUCUACCUCAGAAACCAGAAAGGAAAAGGGAACCAGCCCCCCAGGAUUGGGAUCUCAGUACCAUUCUUGGUUGCACUGGGAUGUUCUGGUAACUGUGGGUGCUUUGGUGGCACAAAAGCAGCUGAUGGAGGGAAAUGUAUCUGGUUUAGAACUCCACCAUCGGGAGUCUGGAAAUGACCGAAGAGUGACCAAGCGGUCCAAUAGCCACUUAUCCCACAGGUUUGUUGCUAUGCCUCUAGCAAAAGCACUUGGCGUUAAAGAGGAAGUUAGAAAGACGGUUACCCCAAACACCGUCUUAGAGAAUUUUUUCACAUGUUCCAAGAGGAAACCAUCUCAAGCUGAUAUUUAUGGACUGGCGAAGAAGUGUAACCUGACAGAGCGCCAAGUUGAAAGAUGGUUUAGGAGUCGGCGGAAUCAAGAAAGGCCUUGCAGGAUGAAGAGAUUCCAGGAAGCGUGCUGGCGAUUCACAUAUUACUUAAUAAUGACUGUUGCUGGAAUUAUAUUUCUUUAUGAUAAACCUUGGGUAUAUGACCUGUUGGAGGUGUGGGAGGGCUAUCCAAGGCAGCCCCUGCUGCCCUCUCAGUACUGGUACUACAUUUUGGAGAUGAGUUUUUAUUGGUCUCUGCUAUUUAGCAUUGGCUCUGAUGCCAAGAGGAAGGAUUUUCUAGCUCAUGUCAUUCACCACCUGGCUGCUAUUAGUUUGAUGAGCUUCUCUUGGUGUGCUAAUUAUAUCCGCAGUGGGACCCUCGUGAUGAUCGUGCAUGACGUGGCUGACAUUUGGCUGGAGUCUGCCAAGAUGUUUUCUUAUGCCGGAUGGAAGCAAACCUGUAACGCCCUGUUUUUCAUCUUCUCGGCCAUAUUUUUCAUCAGCCGCCUCAUUGUCUUUCCCUUCUGGAUUUUGUAUUGCACGCUGAUCCUUCCUCUGAACUACCUUGAGCCUUUCUUUUCAUACAUCUUCCUCAACCUCCAGCUCAUGGUCCUGCAAGCCCUUCACCUCUACUGGUGUUACUUCAUCCUGAAGAUGCUCAAGCGGUGUAUAUUCAUGAAGGACACCAAGGAUGUGCGGAGUGAUAAUGAGGAUGGGUAUGAAGAGGAUGAGGAAGAGGAGGAGGAGGAGAAGGAGGAGGAAGAAGCCACCAAAGACAAAGAGAGAGACUGUAUGAAGAACGGCCUCGGGGCCAACCUCAUUCCCAAUGGUCAGCAUGGCCGUUAGCAUGAAGCCCACGGCGUGGUUUCAUGUAAGGGCUGCUGGAAGCCAAGUUUGCUUCCUCGUCCACAGCUCUGACCUACAGGAGCCACAGGGACCCCAGUUUCUGCCCCUCCCUCUUUUCAAACACUACCUUCCUCUCCCCCUAAGAUGUAUUUAACAAAAUGUUAUUAACUUGUGUUAAAAUGCUAAAUAUAGCAUCCCGAUGGAUUUUACUGCAGUGAGGACUC